CGGCGCGCCAAGAUGGCGGCCUCCUGCGUGGCGCUGCCGGGGAUGGCGGCGUUGCUGCUGCCGCUGCUGCUGCUGCUGCCGCUGCUGCCGCUGCUGCUGGUCUCCUGGAAGCGCUGGCGGGGGGCGCGCGCGAAGAGGCACGUGCUCAUCGUGGUGCUGGGCGACGUGGGCCGCAGCCCCCGCAUGCAGUACCACGCGCUGUCGUUCGUCCAGAGCGGCUUCGCCGUGACCCUUCUGGGCUUCUGCAACUCCAGACCCUAUGAGGAGCUCUUGCAGAACAGCAGAAUUCAGAUUGUGAGUUUGACAGAACUUCAGAAACUUCCAGUUGGGCCGUACAUUUUCCAGUAUGGACUCAAAGUUGUAUUUCAGUCCGUGCACUUGCUGUGGAAGUUGAUAUGCAGGGAGCCAGCAGCCUACAUCUUUCUCCAGAACCCCCCAGGCCUGCCUGCCAUUGCUGUCUGCUGGUUUGUGGGCUUCCUCUGUGGGAGCAAGCUCAUCAUCGACUGGCACAACUAUGGGUACACCAUCAUGGGUCUAGUGCAUGGCCCCAGCCACUGUCUUGUCCUCCUGGCCAAGUGGUAUGAGAAACUCUGUGGGCGCCUGUCCCACCUGAACUUGUGUGUGACGAACUCGAUGCGGGAAGACCUGGCAGAGAACUGGAGCAUCAAAGCCGUGACCGUCUAUGACAAGCCAGCAUCUUUCUUUAAAGAAACACCCUUGGAUCUGCAACACCAACUGUUUAUGAAGCUGGGCUGCACCUACCCUGCAUUUAAGGCCCGCUUAGAACCCCUGGACCUGGCAACAGAGAGGUCGGCCUUCACAGAGCGGGAUGCUCAGAGUGGGGUGGUGACGCAUCUUCGUGGGCGGCCGGCCCUGUUGAUCAGCAGCACCAGCUGGACAGAGGAUGAAGACUUCUCCAUCUUGCUGGCAGCAUUAGAAAAGUUUGAACAGCUGAUCCUAGAUGGAGAGAGCCUUCCUUCUCUGAUCUGUGUGAUAACAGGCAAAGGGCCUCUGAAGGAGUAUUACUGCAGCCUCAUCAGCCAGAAGCGUUUCCAGCACAUCCAGGUCUGUACUCCGUGGCUGGAGGCCGAGGACUACCCCCUGCUUCUAGGGUCUGCAGACCUGGGUGUGUGCCUACACAAGUCCUCUAGCGGCCUGGACCUACCCAUGAAGGUGGUGGAUAUGUUCGGGUGCUGUCUGCCUGUGUGCGCUGUGAACUUCCGAUGCUUGCACGAGCUUGUGAAACACGAGGAAAACGGCCUGGUCUUUGAGGAUGCUGAGGAGCUGGCAGGGCAGCUGCAGAUGCUUUUCUCAAAGUUUCCUGAUCCUGCUGGCAAACUAAACCAGUUCCGGAAGAACCUCCGGGAGUCAGAGCAGCUUCGAUGGGAUGAGAGCUGGAAGCAGACGGUGCUGCCUUUGGUUAUGGACACAUGACCCCUUGGGCCAAAAACAGAGCUGAGUGUGGCCCGGUUCCUCUUAGCCCUGGGGAAACGCUUUAGAGCAGCACCUCCCAGUGGACAGCAGCUGGGAGGAUGGCUGUGGAAUGACAUUUUUUAAUGACCUGGAGUUUGUGGCCAGGAAACUGGUUCAGCCUGGUUUCCUCCCUAGGAGGCCCUGAAAUAUGAGACUCUUCUCAUCUGAGUAUUUCUUCCUACUACAUUUCCUGUUGUUUGUGUGUAGUAUUUUCUUUUUUUUUUUUUUAAGAUUAUAUUUAUUUAUUCAUGAGAUACAUAGAGAGAGAGAGGCAGAGACAUGGGCAGAGGGAAAAGCAGGCUCAUGCAGGGAGCCCGACGUGAGACUUGAUCCUAGGUCUCCAGGAUCAUGCCCUGGGCUGAAGGUGGCGCUAAACUGCUGAGCCCCCCCCCCCCCCCCCCGCCCCUGCUCUAUGUAGUAUUUUCAUCUCUUUGACCUGCUUUUGUUUUAUGGUGUCUGCCUUUCCCAGUGUCUGCCCCAUUGUGUCCUAAUGUUUUAAUUCCUGCCUUGAGGACAGUCACUGCAGCCUGCUGGGUUGUAACAGCAGUAAGACGUGCCACGAGUACAACGGGCUUGGCUUCAACAGGGAUGUGGGUACAGGCUCAGGGGUGGGGAAACAUACUUGAUAUGUUUUUAUUGGCACAAAUGAAAUGCUUAUUUCAAAAUUUUCAUUUUUGAUUUAUAUAAGAACCAGAACUAGUGACAGAAAGGGGUAUCUACUUGAAUAGUUUAUAUUUUAUUAGAACACAGUUUGCAGUUCCUGAUUCUGAAUUUAACAUUCUUCAAGCAUUCAGGUCCAGUGAAAAUUUUAUCAGCUUUCCCACAUAAAAAUUCUUUACAGGAUGGUGAUUAAAUUUUCAUGUUAAUCUUUAAAAACAUUUGUAAACCUACAGCAUUAGUUUCAAAAUUGCCAUGUCUGAGUGUUCUUCAUAGGGAAACAGCUUCUGGUCGUGAUGAGGCACUGCUUCCCAGGGGAUCCCAGCCUGGCCUGGAAAUAAUAACAUAUGUGUCACAGGAUGGUGGGGUUUGGGGACACACCACCCUAUAUAGCGUGGGCUGCAGGACAGACGUAGGCGUAUAUACAAACCACAGACUUCUAGGCCCCAUCUGGAUACCUAGAAUCAGCCUUCAGGGAUGGGCCCAAGAACGGAGUUUUUAAAUGGCCCACAGCAGCCAGCUUUGCUGCCCCUGCCUUCGGGGUCAUGCCUGUCUCCGGAAGGUCGCAGACCUGUCUGGGUUUCCUGACCACUUAGUCUAGUGCCUUUUGGCAAAGGCUGGACAUGCAUCAGAAGGGCUUACAUCCUCUUCAUAAGCACAGAUGUCUGAAGAGCCCUUGGCAAGGAUCAUUUUGUCAUCCGUUUUUUGGGAAUGAAAACAAUUAAUUAGAAAAAUCAAAUAUUAGACCUAAAAGUAUAGAAGUGUUGGAGUGCCUGGCUGCCUCAAUUGGUGGAAUAUGCAACUCUUGAUCUUGGGCUCAUGAGUUCAAGUCCUACAUUGGACCUAGAGCUUACUUAAAAAAAAAUUACAUGUGUGUAUGUGUGUCUAUGAUCCUGCCACCAAGUAUAACAACUGUUAAUUGGUGUAUAUUUUUUCAGAUUCUCCCCCUAUGCAAAUUAACAUGAAGAUGAUUAGUUUUAAAAAUACAAAUGGGCUUGGGGUGCCUGAGUGUGGCUCAGUUGGCUAAGCGUCCAUCUCUUGAUUUCAGCUCAGGUCGUGUUUCCAGGUUGUGAGUGUGAGCCCCAGGUUGGGCUCCCCACUGGGCAUGGAGCCUACUUAAGAUUCUCUCUCUGGAAAAAGAAAAAAAGAUUCUUCCUCUUUCCCUCUCAAAAAAAUACAAAUGGACUUUAUAUA